GUAUCUGCUAAAAAUAUUGACUGUGAAGGAGUGUCUUUAUUAGAUACCAGUUUGAAUACUACAGUUGAAGACAAUGUGGAUCCUUCAUUUUUGGCUACUUCUAGUACCAUUGCUGUUGACGAUACACCAAGGCGACGUUGUUUGAAGCUUGGACUUAAUAAAUUGUCAAGACAAAUUUCCUCAAAGAAGAAACAAGUAAAAACACUUCAACAAGCAUUAAGGCGUAAAGAAAAAAAAAUUGCAUCUCUAAAAAGUAUUAUUCUUCAGUUGAAAAAAGAAAAUCUUAUAAAUGAAGACGCCACAGACAUCUUAUUAGAUUCAUUUGGCUGUGAUUUCAAUGCAAACAGACUAAAUAGUAUAUUUGAUAAUAUUGCUGUAUUUAUGGAUCCAGCUCAUAUGGUGAAGCUUGUGCGGAAUGCUUUUGGCGAGAAACGGGAAUUUAUUGAUGGUGAUGGUAAGCAAAUAUAUUUCAAUUUAGUAGAACAAUUAUUUUUGAUUCAGGAGAAUGAAGAGUGUCACCUUGCGAACAAAUUAAGAAAGAGUCAUAUAUUUUUCUUCAAGCAGAAGAUGAAGGUUAAGUUAGCUACACAACUGUUAAGCCAAUCUGUAGCAGAUGCAUUAAAAUUUUGCAAGUAUAAUUUAAGUCUUCAAGAAUUUUCUGAUGUAGAUGGAACAGUAAGAUUUAUAGAAAUGUUCAAUGCGGCAUUUGAUAUUAUGAACUCUAGAUCCAUUAAUUGUAUUGGAAAUAAAAAAGCUAUAUGUAAAGACAAUUUCCAACAAGUGUUUGAAUUUACAAAGUUGAUGACUGAUUACAUAAGAGGACUAAAAAUUAAAGAUAAUGGCUUAUUUGUACCUGUAUUAGAGUCAAAUAGAAAGACUGGUUUUCUAGGAUUCAUUGUAUGUUUGAAUUCUACCUUACACUUAUACUCAACUUUCAUUGAUUCAGAUAUCUUAGACCACAUUAGAAUGUACACAAUAAGUCAAGAUCAUUUAGAGUUGUUUUUUGGUUCAGUAAGAGCGAUGGGUGGUUACAACAAUAAUCCUUCAGCACGCCAAUUUCAAUCCGCAUAUAAAAAAUUAGUAGUACAAUCGCAUAAUGUUAAAGAACUUGUUGUAGAUAUAUCAAAGAUUACUUUAUCUACUGUUAAAGAAGUUGAAAAUUCCAAUGAAUGUCAAGAUAAAUUGUGGCCGCCAGAGUGGUCUGCUGCACAAUAG